UUUCAGCUGGAGAGGAGGAGAGGAGCAGGGGAGGACAGGAGGAGGAGGGAAUCCCCCCGAGAAUGCAUAUAAAUCAAUGAGGCUGGACAGUUGACACACACAGACAACACACACACAAACACAUCACAGACCUGCAGGUUGAACAGAGCUCCAGAGGAUGAACACACUUCGAUUGUACCCGUCAAGCAGUGCUCUGCUCCCGCUGCUGCUGCCGCUGCUGUUGCAGCUCCAACUCCUGACCCUCUGUCCCAGUGCUACCUCGGCGCUGCCACUGAGAGCAGGGGACAGCGGCUGUGCUCAGUGCUCUCUGCUCUUCAGGAAUCUGCUGCUCAACGUCACCGAUCUCCUCCAAAGUGACAACUUGUGUUUUGGAAUCACAUCUGAUAAAGCAGUGGUGAAGAGUCAGACGGAGACACUACUGACCUGUACCCCCCCACUGACACAGAACUCAAGCUGCAAUCUGCAGAGAAAUGUAUCCUUCAGUGAGAGGGACUGUCUGAGGAACAUCAUGAAGGACCUGCUCUACUAUGAAGCUGCCAUUAAAUCCUACAUCCACUCCCCUCUCAGAAGCCCUGAAGAGGAGGUGGCUCUUCUCAGCCCGACUCUGGGGGUAAUUGAGAGCCUGAAGAACUGCUCCCUGUUGAAGAGUGAGGAUAUCAAAUAUUCAGAGGACGUUGCUCAAAUGUGGGGUAGCGACACCUACACCAACAGACAGGAGAUGUGCAAGAUGAUGAGGGGCUUCUACGUACGAGCCAUCACCAUCAACCGAGCCAUGGGCUACAUCUCCUCAGGAGAGCACAGGAAGUGA